AAGUAAGAGAAGUCUUAAGAGACAAGAAGCUUUUUAUCAAACAUGGAGAAGAAGGCAACAAGUUCUUUGGAGAUCACCAUUAUCUCUGCGGAAGGCUUACGCCUCAACGGGAGAUCUGUAAGGAAGAACAUAUUCGUGAUCGUAAGAGCUGACUCACGUAACCAGAGGUCGACAAGCUUGGAAAAGGGAGAAGGAAGAAACCCAUCAUGGAACCAGAAGCUAGAGCCGCCGCUGCCUUUACCCAAUUCGGUUCAGUCGUUGAUUACGUUGGAGGUGCAAUGCAAGACGUCUUCAGGAGGAGUCAGGACUGUUGGAACUUCAAAGAUUCCAAUCUCAGAUUUCAUGGCAGACUAUACGCCGCCACAGUAUCUGCAUUUCCUUAGUUACCGCUUGAGAGAUCGGAAUGGUGAACGUAAUGGUAUCAUUAACUUCUCCGUCAGGACUCUCGGCUCGCAAAGCGCCUUUGCAGCUUGGCCCGUUCUGCCGCCUCAGCCUUUAGGUUUUCCGGCCGCCGCGAAUCAGAAGUUCAGUGCUGCUAGUGGGAGUGGGAGUGGGAGUGGGAGUGGAACAGCCCUUGGUGUUCCAGUUCCAAUGCCCUACAAGUUCGGGUCCGGGCACGGGUAUGGGGUGUAAUGGUUGCUGACGCAUCAAUCCUGUUUUAUCAAAAAAUUUAUUU